CCAAAAGAAGAACGAGCGUCAUCAACACUCGCCCCCUUUGCGCCUUUCUCCGAAAACGAUACAGAAAAAAAACAAACCAAACCUUUACUUGGACUGUAUUAUAACGAUGACUGGAGAAACUAGAUAUUAAAACGUGUUUAAUGACACUCUAUAGCACAUGGACUGUUGCUGUAGUAUCGCAGACUAGCACACGUAACAGCUGGUGACAACAACCAACACACUGCUAACUGAGCUAACGUUAACUCUAAACAGAAAGAAGCUAACAACAGUAGCGUUGGUUCAACCAGUUUGGCGCGAUUUGGAUGAAGAGCAUUAAUUGACUCAUACUGAGCAACAAGAUGGACUGCAGCACAGCUGACGUGCCCAGUAGUGUGACACACGACUCUCCAGGAAAACACGGCUCCUGCUCUGAUGACGACAUACCUCUCUCAAAGUUCCAGGCAAAGCCACACAGUGAGGAGAAGCAGUCACAUGAAAGCACACACGACUCUGACACUAAUUCAAAAAAGGACAAAAGUGCUUCGGAUGACUCUUCAAAUGACGAGCCUUUGAAAAAAAAGAAAGUAGUCUCUUCACCAGCAAAGAAAGCAGAGAAAACAGACAACACGCCACUCAAAUCUAAUGGCACAAAUGACAAGGAAGCAGAGGUGAAAACCGAUGAAGACUCUGAUAAUGAGCCUCUCGUAAGAAAGGCCAAAAUGUCUUCCAAAGCUGCAAAGAAGCCUCUCUCAGUCCCUCCAAAAAAAUCAGUUCAUUCAAAGAAGGAAGAACCACUGGAUGACGAUGAUGUUUCGGAUGAUAAGCCUUUGAGUGAACUUGGCAAGAAACUUUACCCCCAACGUCAGAGAAAGUCACCUCGUACUCCAUCUAGAAGCACUAUCAGAACCCCAAGGAACGUAGCAAGGAAAAAAAUUAAGUAUGCAGAGUCUUCCAGUGACAGCUCAGAUGAUGAAUCACUGGCAACAAAGAAGAAGUUCACAAAGGCCCGUAAAGACAGCAGCUCAGAUAAUUAUGAUGAUGUUGAUGAGGAUGAGGAUGAUGAUGAUGUGCCCUUGGUAAAGCCUGUUGCCAAGCAGAAGAAACCAGUGAAGAAAACCACUGAAACGACAACUGCUUCACCAGGCAGAGCGUCAAGAAAGAGACGAGAAAAUUCAGAGUCGUCCAGCAACAGUUCAGAUGAUGAACCCUUAGUUAAUGUUGGGGAAAAAAAAAGCACAAAACAAACAAAAAACAAACCGAAGGCUUCACCUGCAAAGAAGAAGAAGAAGGACGACACAGAGUCGUCACGCAACAGCUCAGGGCUCUCUGAUGAAAACUCAGAUUAUGAAUCCUCGGUUAAUCUUGGGAAAAAGAAAAGCCCUGGAAAACAAACAAAAAACAAACCGAAGGCUUCACCUGCAAAGAAGAAAAACACAACUCCCAAAAGGCCAAAAAAUAUGCAAGAUUCAGCGUUGUCAGACAACAACUCAGGACACUCUGAUGACGGCUCAGAUUAUAAACCCUCAAGUAAAUAUGGGAGAAAGAAAAGCACACAAAAACAGACAAAAAACAAACCGAAGCCUUCUCCGCCGAAGAAGAAGAAGAAGAAGAAGAAACCAACUCUCAAAAAGCCCAAAAAGAAGCCUGAUUCAGCGUCGUCGAGCAACAGUUCAGACGAUGAACCUUUAGUCAAAGCAGCUGACCACCCACAAGUGACCAAAAUCAUGAGAAUAAUACUUGAGAGGUGUGAUGGUGAAGAAGCUGGAGACACAGGAGCCCUGCUUAAAACCAGUACAGAAACACAGAUUGCUGAAAAGACUUCGAGGAAGGACUCAGAGGGCUCCGAGGAAUCCCCAGAAAAAGAAUAAGCAGAUGAAACGGUGGUUAAAGAAAUGGCAUUUUUAUUUUGUUAUUGUUACCUUUCACCUUCUGGACGGGGAAGUUCAAACCACCUAGUGGCUACAAUGUUUUAAGGACUUCCUAAAGUGUACAUCCCUCGGAGAGACUCCUCCAAAUAUAGAUCAGUUAGUUUUCAUGUUAAGUUGAGCUGUGUGUUUUAUAGAGUACAUACAUGUUAAUUUAAGGUGUUUGUAUUUUUACUCCAAUUUUUAAGUUUGGGAACAGAUUUUGUAGGUUCUUAAAGAUAUUAUGCAGUCUUUAAUGUUAUUUGACUAUUUGUGCCUGUUGUUUACACUGGCUUUCACCUCUGGUUUUAACUUUUAAAAGAAAAUAAUUUAACGCUCAUUAAAGUAAGUUAUACUUCAGUUUUCAUAUUAACUGUACACUCAGCAUGCAGCAGUGAACAUCUUUUGUGUUGGAUUAAACUGCUUCUUUCAUUAUGAAAAUUCUUAU